AUGUCUCCGGAGUGCGGAGGAGAGCUGCAUGGCGACGCUGGCCAGCUCACCUCGCCCGGCUACCCGGCUCGGUACGACGCCGACCUGACCUGCACCUGGGUCAUCACCGGGCCCAGGAGCAUCACCCUGCGCGUCUGGAACUUUUCGCUGGGGAUGUCCGACACGGUGGAGGUCUGGGAUGGCGGCUCCGACCAAUCACCGUCGCUAGGGAACUUCAAGUUCUGGUCCAUACCGACGCUGAUUGGUCCGUCCAGUGGACACCAGCUGACCGUUCGCUUCGUCUCGGGUGCAUAUAGCUUUGCCGGCAAUGGCUUCGACUUCACCUGGGCUGAGACAAGGACCUACGAACUGGCUUCUUGGAAACGGAGGAAGGAUCAAGGCAAGCAGGAACUCCACGGCUUCAGAGUCAGCUGCGUGCGAAGUGCACGCUAUCCCGCUGAUAUGCUUAUCGGCAUCCAGGACUUCUCGCAGGUUGAAAAUCAUGUCUUUUCUGGGCUUGACAGCCUGAAGUGUGGGCGGAUGGAGCAGUAUCCGCAGCUGCAGCUGACGCUCACCGACCGCAUCAGUGUCCCCACGUCUUCGAACUCGGCGGAGAACCUGUGUCCGGUCGGAGAGGUGGUGGUGGAGCUGUACAGCUCGUUCAGCGCCUUCAGUGAUCUCACCAAGUUUCGCUGUGCCACGGUUCAGGGCGGGCCGUUUGUGGACGAGGACCACUGUCGCUAUGUCACGAUCGACAACAAGUUCUCCUUCUCCACCAACAGGAGUGCCUCAUCCAGGUGGCCAGUGGAGUGCAAGGACGACGAAGUCGUAACGGGCAUCUCUUACAUGGCCGGCCACGUCCCUCCGUUCGAGGCGAUCCGGUGCUGUGUGCUGACGAUGGGUUAG